GCGCGUUACUCUAGUCCGGCUCCUAAGUCUCUGCGGCGGCUCAGGCUCCAGCUCCCCCUGAAGUGACGCCCCUUCCCCCGCCCGACUGCCGCUCCGGCUCCUCUGCCCCCCGUGACGCGCCAUGGGCACCCGAGACGACGAGUACGACUAUCUCUUCAAAGUUGUCCUCAUUGGAGACUCUGGUGUAGGAAAGAGUAAUCUUCUGUCUCGUUUCACUCGAAAUGAAUUUAAUCUGGAAAGCAAGAGUACCAUUGGUGUGGAGUUUGCAACAAGAAGCAUCCAGGUUGAUGGGAAAACAAUAAAGGCACAAAUAUGGGACACAGCAGGACAAGAGCGAUAUCGGGCUAUAACAUCAGCUUAUUAUCGUGGAGCAGUAGGUGCCUUGCUGGUUUAUGAUAUUGCUAAACAUCUUACAUAUGAAAAUGUAGAACGGUGGCUGAAAGAACUGAGAGAUCAUGCAGAUAGUAACAUUGUUAUCAUGCUUGUGGGCAACAAAAGUGAUUUACGUCAUCUCAGAGCAGUCCCUACAGAUGAAGCAAGAGCCUUUGCAGAAAAGAAUGGCUUGUCAUUUAUUGAGACAUCUGCUUUAGACUCUACAAAUGUAGAAGCUGCUUUCCAGACAAUCCUGACAGAGAUAUAUCGCAUUGUUUCUCAGAAGCAAAUGUCAGACAGACGUGAAAAUGACAUGUCUCCAAGCAACAAUGUGGUUCCUAUCCAUGUCCCUCCAACCACUGAAAACAAGCCAAAGGUGCAGUGUUGUCAGAACAUAUAAGGCUCUGUGCUUCUCCCCUAGAAGGCAGUGUAUAGUCCAUUCCCCAGGUCCGAGAUUUAAAUAUAUUUGUAAUUCUUGUGGUCACUUUUUUGUGUUUCAUUACUACUUCUGAAUUUCUUUGUCUUUUUUUUAUUUCAAAUUUAUAAAAUCACCUACUUGUCCCAAAUGACUGCAGCUUAUUUUCAUGCGAAGCCCUCACUAGCCUUAGUUUAAUAAAAUGGAUGUUUGGAUUCCUUAAUUAUUGCUUAUUUUCCAUCAGGGUGGUCUAUUGCAAUGGUAAAUACUCAAACUCAAGUGUUUAAGCUCAGACCUUUUGGUCCUGAUCAAAUUAAAGAAUACUUUAGUAUCAAUUAAACAUUUUGCCACAGAGCAAUUUAUUAAAAAAUGUAUUCUCCCUUCAGUGCAGUCUCUCCAAAUCUAGAAAUUGUGCUAUAAUAUAAAUGGAAUUGUAAGAGCUUCAGAAAUAUCCAUCAUUUGGAAAGACAAUUUCUAAAAUGCCUUAAUAGGUCUGUGUGAUGUAAUAGUUUUUUUUUUUAAUCAAUUUAUGGGGGGAGAAGAGGGAAAAAACCCACACCAAACUUUUCCUGAUUCAAGGAUUUGCUUUGCAAAAUGCAAAUGACUAUCAUUUUAUUUUACUUUAUUUUUUUGCAGUUGAGGUAGCUAUGUGAUUGGGUAUGGAGAGGAGGGUAGGGGUCAGUCAUCAUGUUAAGUGAUGAGCAUGGCAGGCUGUAGACUGGUAGAAUUCUAUUUGAGGUGCCUCCUUUGCAGCGAGACCAGACAGCUAGAGCUACCUAAAUGAUUUAAUUUAACAGUGGCAGGUCAUGCAGCAUUUUAUUGCUUAGGUAAUAAAUAACCUGUACAAUGCUAGAAAUACCAAAUUUUGAAGUGUGUGGUUUUUUUCCUUCAUCACCCCCAUUAAGUAAAAUGUGGCCUAGUUGUUUUUUUUUUCCCUCCCAAUAAACUCACUACCAGGUAUGGUUUGAUUAUUUUUAAAAUUCUGUUUUACUUGGUUGAGUUUUUCAGCAUGUCAUGAAGCUUCACAAUUGAACUUGUCUUGGGUUCCACUGUCUUGAAGAUAUGACCAAAGGUCAGGUUCUGUUAAUGUGGUAUCCAAUUAAAAGCAUAUAUUUUAGUUCACAAGCUAAAAGAACAUCCUGAGUUUAAACAGAACUACUUAGGAGCUAUACAGUUCUGAAAUGUUUCUUUUCCACUACAUUUUUCAAAAGCAGUUGUAUUAUUAAUAUCUAAAGCCUACACUAAUACUUUAUUGUUUUUUUCCCCCUUUUGAGAACAGUAAGCGCUUAAUCUAAAGUAAUUUAAAAAGCUGUGUCAGCUGCAGUGAAGCUAAGGGUGAUAGGAGAGACCCAAAAGUUAUUUGGGCAUUGAAAGAGUGAGCCUGAAACAUAUGUGGGCCUGCACAGUUUAAUGUAUUUCAUGGCAAAUCUUUUAUCUUUUGCGGUGCUCAUGAAGUGUGGGGCACACGGAAGGCAUUGCUGUAGUCAGUAACUUUGUUUUCCUUUUGUAGCCUUUUUAUUCUUUUAGUGUAUUGGUUCUUAAGAUGCUAUUGAUCUGUUUGUAAAUUGUUACUUUGUAUUUUAUGCAUGUACUGUAAUUUGAUUUUUUUUUAGGUAUUGAUUUAAAAUAUAUUCAUAUUCUAAUAAACAGUUACAGGGGGACUAUUCCCUAUGUUGUCA